UGGAAAGACCCGUGAGUACCUUGACAUCUACCAGAGAUGUUUUAACAAGGCUCAUUAUUAGCACCACGCGAUAAUAUUAUUCAUGAACAAUAUUUUACAAAUGAUACUUAUGCGCAAUACUUGUGUUAAUCGUCUUUUGGCAAUGGAUGAGCAAGGCAGUGUCGGUAGUGUGAAUAUUUAUUCGAAAAUAAUGGAGGAAGUUAAUAAGGGUUUUUACAUCGCUGAGGAAAAUGACUCUCCAGCUGAAACAAAAAAUGGAAAUAUGGAUUUCAUCAACGACUGGUUCCUGAUGGGAUCUGGAUACACAGUUUUCAUCAUCCUAGCGUCUUAUUUCCUAUUCGUCUUCAAAUUAGGUCCAAAUCAUAUGAAAAAUCGACAACCAUACAAACUUACAACUGUGAUAACAGUUUACAAUGUUAUACAAAUAGUAAUAUCUUGUCUUUUAAAUUAUGGGACAGUUCAAAUGUUGUCUACUUACGGAUGUUUUCCCAAAACAUGUGUUAUGGAGACAGAAAAUCGAAGAAGUCGUUCAGCCGCACUCAUGUACUACUACUUCCUAGCCAAAAUCACUGAACUCCUGGACACAGUAUUCUUCGUUCUUCGUAAGAAGGAGAAGCAACAAAGCUUCCUCCACGUUUACCACCACAGCAUCAUGGUGUUCGUCACAUGGACAGCCCUGAAGUAUGAGCCGUCAUAUAGACUGGUGUUCAUAGGAUUCCUGAACUCAUUUGUGCAUAUCAUCAUGUACACGUACUAUGCUUUGGCAUCGUUCCCAAGCUUGACGAAGUACCUGUGGUGGAAGAAGUAUAUAACAAGCAUGCAACUGAUCCAAUUCGUGACGGUGUUUAUCCAUUUCAUAGUAGCCACAAUGGUGUCAGACUGUUCCCCAUCGUACAUCCUAGCUGUAACAUUCUUCUUCCAUGUAUUCUUCUUCUUAUAUCUGUUCGGCAAGUUUUACAAAAAUACUUAUAAUAAGAAACAAAAACCUGAAGUUUCUGACAAAAUUAAACCUGCUGUUGAUGAAAUGGAUAAAAAUAUGUACCAACAGGUAAAAGUUUGUAAUGAUGAGGGCGAUGAAGACUGCUGUAAAAGUGCUUCCAUUAGUCUGAACAAUACCUAUAGAAUAAAAGUAAAUUUCGAUUCAAAGAAAUGGGCAUAAGUGUUUAAUAAAUUAUAUUAAUUCAUA